AUGGCUCAGCUUACUCGAUACACACCAGUCAACAACUUGAAGCCUUUAAAAACGGCUUGGAGAAUUCAAGUUAGAAUACUUCAUUCCUGGAUUCAUUUCACAAAAGGUUCUGGCAUGUCGUUAGAAAUGAUUCUAGCUGAUAAGGAUGGUAACAAAAUUCAAGCAGGCAUCAAAAAGGAACACAUCAGCAAAUUCCAGCGUUAUGUGAAGAAUGGAGAUUGGAAGAUAAUUGAGGAAUUCUCGGUUAAUAAGGCAACAGGAACAUAUCGAUCAACAACUCAUUCCUACAGAAUCAAUUUCCACUACGCUACUGUCUUUUCUCCCUCACCAUCCAUUUCUAAUGAGGUUUGGCUUGACUUAGUUGAUUUUACAACUAUUCUGUCUGGUAACUUGGAUCAAAAUAAGUUGGUAGAUGUUCUGGGUCAAUUGGUUAACGUUGGAGAAGCUCAAAUAAUUGAUGUCCAUGGUAAACCUACCAAGAAGAUUGAUUUUCAGCUAAGAGACACUGAUGAUAACCGUCUACCAUGUUCACUAUGGGGAAAGUUUGCUGACCAAAUUAGCAAAGUUGCGCAAGAGUCUCUUGGUUCUGUCGUUAUUUGUUUGAUAAGGUGGGCCAAGUUAGGAGAAUACAAAGAGAUUAGGAGUAUUUCUAAUGCUUUUGAUGCUUCGGAUGUUUUAGUCAACCCAAUUUUGCCGGUUGUUGAUGACUUUAGGAGAAUGCUUCCAUCUGAUGGACUUGCCUUGACUAUCAUGGGACCUAAGCCUAGAUUCGAGCCUCUAAAGGUGCGUGAACAGAGGUCCCUAGGGUUACCUCUCAAGACUAUUGCCGAGCUUAAGGCCUCUUAUGAGAUUGAGAAGGUUAAGAUCUUCUGCACCAUUUUGCAAAUUGACUUGGACUACUCCUGGUAUUACUAUGCACACAUCAAAUGUAACAAAAAAGUCUUCCAAACUAAGAAACUUCUUAGCGAUGGUGCCAAGAAGAUAUUGAACAGAUGUGAGAAAUGUAAUGCAGAAGUUUCUGCAGUUGAAGCAAGGUACUGGCUCCACCUAGACGUUAUGGACAACACGGGGGAGACCAAGCUUAUGUUGUUUGAUAGUUUUGUUGAGAAAAUAAUCGGAACUCCUGCUUAUGAACUCUUGGAGGGCACUGAUGAAGAACUUGAUGAUCCUCUUCCACCUCCUGAUGUAGUUAAAAACAUCAUUGGAAAGACUUAUCAAUUUGUGGUAAGUGUUGAGCAAGAAAACAUCUCAAGAGGAAAUGAUGAAUACAAAGUGACUGAGGUUUUAACAAGUCAGAACCUCAAUCAAGCUGACCCUAAAGAUGAAUGUAAUUAUUCUUUGGAUCUUUCAUCCAUGAGUUCCAGUGACCAGGUUUUGAUGCUGACUAAUAAUUCUGAUAAGGAGGGCACUUCCAAUGAUGUUUUUUCUACCCCAUCUUCAAAGAGAAAAGAAGAUUUCUCGGAUGGAUCUGAUCAAAACUCCACAAGCAAGAAACAAUGCAUGGAAAAACAAUCCGAUGUUAAAGUUGAUGGUGUCAUUGAUGUAGAAAAUCCGAAGGAACAUGAUCUUCCUAAGUUCAUAAACAAACUUGAUGAGGCAGGUGAACAAGUCAUCACCAAAGCAAGUGAAGAAGAACAGAAAAAGGUUCUUUUGAAGAAGAUUAAGGUUGAGAAGAUCGAAGGUCAGAAUGGAGCAAAGUGAGGGAGCCAAGACUCAACAAUU